GCCAGUUCAUUAUGUCGCGUAUUGGGCCGCAUCCAUUUUCGUCGACACAGGACGGGGUCACACGCGAGACGACGAGCUCCUCCUGACUUUUUCUGCUGCGUCCAGUGCCCCCCUUGGCUGCUAUUCCUUCAAAGCCACGUUCCAUCUGGCGGAGUUCCUUCCAUCUUCACGAAACGACGACCACGCGAGCCUUGCUGCGAAUCCACACUCUUUCCUCCCUAGGCUCGAUAUCCCGCCUCGACCUGCGGCAGAACAACUUGAGCAACAGCGACGUUGCAGCCAUGGCUCUCAUAUCCGUCAAAACAAUCCUCACCUCCCUCUCCCUCUUCCACAUCACCCUGGGCUUCUUCUUCCUCACAAAUCCGGGAACAAUAGCCGAUCAGGCCCUUGUCUAUGUCAUAGGCGAGGCCAUGGGCAUGCCAUACGCUCGCAGCUUCGAGACCCAGUCACCGGCCCUCGCCUUCCUGGCCGUCAUACUAGCCACGAUGGGCAUCUCCGACAUGGUCACCCUCAGCCAGCCAGAGGAGAUCUGGCUCCUCCACCACUGGGCGACCCAAGCCCCCCUCCGCCUCUUCAUAUCCUUCGCCUCCUUCACCUACUCCUUCUUCUUCUCCGCCUCCUCACCAAUCUACCGCUCCCCCCUCACAUCCUCCUCAAACCCGCUAUCAUCAUCCUCCUCCUCCUCCCCCCGCCUCACCCACCCAUCCGCCCACGCCCAGCCCCCGCCCGGCUACCGCCCGUCCGGCUGGGGCGGCGACGCGCUCAAGAACCGCGUCUUCCUCACCUUCGCUUUCGUCGAGAUGGUCAGCUGGUUCUGGGUCUGGGUCACCCUCCGCGAGGAGAGGCGCGACGUCGCCGCACGGAGGGCGCAGAGGCGGAGGAGCGGUCAGGGGUACGCCUAUUAGCCUGCCUAUUUAUUAGUAGUAGGGGGCGGGCCGGGGGGGGCGGGCUGGAUAUGCGGGAAGUGGGGGCUUGCUUGGCUAUCUACUGAUCUAUCUAUCUGACUAUUUGUUUGU